AUGAUCAAUUAUGUGAAAUCUGGAGAGCCAGAAGACUGGUUGGUCGUUGGCUUGUUCGCUGAGCUGGGCAAUUUGGGUGCAAACGUUUCAUCACCAAUCGAGGUGACAUCAUCAGUGCGUGGCGGUGGAACACUAUCGCUUGUGGACUCACGAAUUCAACUGUUUACCCGGAUUAACCGUAUCUGCAUGUUAGUUAGCGGUUGGACGGAAGACGUGUGGAAACAACAGAGUGAAUGGACGAUCGCAGAAGCCCCGAUUGUCACACGAAUCUUCGCCUGUUACAGUUGA